CCUUGGGCGUUUCAGUUUCUGUUGUGUUUCAUAUUCAGAUUGAUAGACUGACACAUACUUCCAGGGAAAGGUUUCAUUUAGGGAACUUUAAAUAACCUCUUUCUUAACUGCAAGUUAUAUGUUCAGCUAUGUUUCCGUGUGAAGAAACUGAAUUACUUUUAUUUCAACUUACCGUAGCAUAACUUAGAAACUAAGACUGUUUUAAAUUGAACCUUCUAAGUUGUAGAUUCUUGUGUAGCUUUGAAUGACUGCAAAAGCGUGAUGCCCAAAAGGGAGUUUGGAGAAGUUUCUCAAAAUGGAGAGUUUAGGGAGGAAGUAUCUCAAGUAACCUCCUCAAGUGUCUGUCCUGACAGUACUGAGUUGGAAAAAGAAGACAGUAAUAGCAACAGUAGUUUGCAGACAUACAACAGUGAUGAGGCUCCUACAGUUUCGAGCAGCAUGACUAGCACUGAAAACUCUGACUGUGACGAACCUCCACGAAAGAAGAAGAAAAGUGUCUGUUUUAACUCUGUCACUGUUUACUAUUUUCCUAGAACACAAGGUUUUACUUGUGUUCCUAGUCAAGGAGGUUCAACUCUAGGAAUGGAUCAGAAACAUUUUCAUAAGCAAGAGUUUACCCUGCAAGAACAUGCUGAUGAACGAAAGAAAGCUCAUCGUGAGAUGAUUAUUAAUCAGAGAAACUUGGACCAUCGAUCAUUCUCUGGAGGUUCUGAUUCAGAAGACAGUCAGGAUGCAAGUGACAUUUCUGACUCUGAAUUAGAGGGUGACAGCUGUUACUUCCUACAACCAGUUCCAACUAGGCAGCGUCGGGAACUAUUGCGAGCUUCAGGAGUGAGGAAAAUUGAAUCUGUAGAGAAAGAAGAAUGUCGUGGAAUUAGAGCAUCAAGAGAAUUUUGUGGAUGUGAUUGCCGACUAUUUUGUGAACCAGAAAUAUGUGCUUGUAGCCAGGCAGGGAUUAAGUGUCAAGUUGACCGGUUUGCAUUCCCAUGUGGUUGCACACAGGAUGGUUGUGGUAAUGUUGCAGGGAGGAUUGAAUUUAACCCAAUCAGGGUUAGGUCUCACUUACUUCACACUUUAAUGAGGCUUGAGUUAGAAAAAGGUCAGUGCCAUAAUGGAGUCCCAAUUCUUCCUCUUUCCACUUCAAACAGCUUAGGGGAUGAAAGUCAGAGUUCUGGAGAUUCUUCUGGUGUAUCACCUACAAAUAACUCUCUAUAUUUGCCAUCAUACUUACCAUCAGCUGUGGGAAAUUUACAAGGUGAUUAUUACUCUAAUUUCUUGUCCUCUGAACCUGUAAGUGUAUUGACAGAAGAGCCAGAAGAACUCUAUAGCUCUAUGUCUCCGCCAAGUCCUGAUGGCAGCUCUUACUCUGAAAACUCUGAUUAUUCUAGUGAUGAAGCAGAAGAAAAAUCAAACACUAAAAUUACAAAUAAAGGCUGCAGCAUAUCAAUGCAAGAAUUGCCAGCUGAACCAAAAUAUGAACAGUUUCAAGAAAAAAGUGUGGAACCAAUAACUGCUGACCACCCAACUAUUUAUAUGGAAAGUGAAAACAAAUAUUUUGGUGAGCCAAGUACAGGUCAGUGUGAAUAUGGUCAAAAGAUAAGAUCUUGCUUUCAAGAUCCAGCAUCUUCAUCUAAAUUUAAAAGUUGCCUAUUAUUAGAAAACCAGUUUGAAGGAGAAUAUUCUGCAGGCUCCUACUUCCCACCAAUUCCAAAAGCACUGCCUAGUGCAUUUGGUGAUCAACAGAGGUCCAAGCUUCCCAAAGUAGAGGAAUCAAAUACUGUUGAAACUACUCACUGCUAUACUGAUUUGAGCUCCUCAACACCAGUUUGUAUUACUGAGUGGCAAGAUUGUGGGAAGGAGCCAUCAGAGUGUAAAGAUAGUAAAGAAAAUAAAGAAUUGCAGAAAGAAAGUUUCAAGUCAUCAGAAGACACUCAGUUAUCCAUCCAUGAGGAAGAAACAGAAGGAAGAAACUUGGCAGAAAUAAUUAAACAGACUAUGGAAGAUGCAGCCUCUUCAUAAAAAAAUAAUUUUAAAACACUAUGAUAGUAUUAAGAGAAGUAGUAGGAAGGAGUAUUUAGCUAAACCGUCAAAAUAGUAUAUUUCACUGGAUUGUUUUCUAAUAACAGGGAUAGAAAUUUAAACUCAGCUUUUGUAAAGGGCAGACAGUUACAAGUAAUUUUCCUUUGGGUCUGGUAGUAGCUUAUUGGUGGAAACUGGGUAUCGUAGUCUGUAGAACUAUGACAUUUUGUAUGCCAUGUCAUUGUAAAAAGUAUGUUUGACACUUUUACUAGACAUUCUGGCAAAUUAUGUGUUCUUUUACUGAACAAAAGGUUUUUAUAUGUGAUUAACUUAUUUUGGUCAUGUUUAGGAAGCGAGAUGCACAUGUAUGUAUGGUUAUCUUGUUUUAAAUUAACUUGUACUGAAAUACACUUAUUACCUAAUGUUCUUGUACAUAUAUGGCUCUUAUUUCAGUACAGUUUUAAAUUCUUUUAAUAAAAAAAUGUGUAACAGUGUUUAAACUAAAGACCACAAAAGCUUGCAGUAUUCUCAUGACAAUAUUCUAUUUGCAUGUAUGUGUAUAUACACAAACACACACACACACACACAUUCAUUUUUUUUAUUCAAAGAAUUUAUGAAGUAUAGGCUUAUAGUUGAUCAAACUUGGAAGUUUGGAAGAGUAUCAAGAGAAUUGUGUGGAUGUGAUCAUUGACUGAUAACAUGCUUGUAGUCAAGCUGAGAUUGUGUCAAAUUGACUUCUUUGCAUUACUUUGUUGAAUAUAUUGUAAACUUUUUGACAAAGAUCUGAGGCUGCUAACUUCCAU